ACCUGGCCAGCUGUUAGCAUCAACUCUGAAGGCAAGAAGGCUGUCAUCAGAUUCACGAUGGACUCACUGAUUACAGCAAACAGCAAAUUUUGCUUUGAUCUUUUCCAAAAGAUAAGCAAAGAUGAUUAUCAAAAGAACAUCUUCUUCUGUCCUCUGAGCAUCUCAGCUGCCCUUGGCAUGGUCCGCCUGGGGGCCAGAAAUGACAGUGCACAUCAGAUCGACAAGGUGCUACACUUCGACGAAUUUUCCCAGAAUGAAAGCAAAGAACCUGGUCCCUGUCUGAAAAGAGAAAAACACAAAGUGCAUGCUGACAGCUCUGUGGAAGGGCAGAAGGAAACGACAGGGUCCCUGACUCUGCAGGCCAAGUCUUCAAGUGAUGCGAGUGAACUGCUCAGCUGCUACUUCGGGCAGCUUCUCUCCAGAUUAGACAGGAUUAAAGUUGAUUACACCCUGAGUAUCGCCAACAGGCUUUACGGGGAGCAGGAAUUCCCAGUCUGUCCGGAAUACUUAGAAGGUGUGAUUCAGUUUUACCACACGACGAUUGAAAGUGUUGAUUUUCGGAAUGACGCUGAAAAAUCCAGACAAGAGAUUAACUUCUGGGUUGACUCUCAAUCCCAAGGUAAAAUCAAGGAACUCUUCAGCAAGGACACUAUCAACAAUGCCACUGUGCUGGUGCUGGUCAAUGCCGUUUACUUCAAGGCCAAGUGGGAAGAAUAUUUUGACAAUGAAAACACAGUUGAUGCACCUUUCUCUCUAAGUGAGAAUGAACAGAAGAAUGUGAAGAUGAUGAAUCGAAAGGGUCUAUUUAGAAUCGGCUUCAUAGAGGAGCUGAAGGCACAGAUCCUUGAGCUGAGGUACACCAAGGGAACACUCAGCAUGUUUGUGCUGCUGCCAUCUUGCUCUACAGAUAACUUGAAGGGCCUAGAAGAGCUUGAAAGGAAUAUCACCUAUGAAAAAAUCAUGGCCUGGAGCAGUUCAGAAAAUAUGUCAGAAAAAAGAGUAGCUGUCUCCUUCCCCCAGUUUACCCUGGAAGACAGCUACGACCUCAAUCCUAUCUUACAGGACAUGGGCAUCACGGAUGUCUUUGAUGAAACAAAGGCUGACCUUACGGGAAUCUCUCCAAGUCCCAAUUUGUACCUGUCUAAAGUGGUCCACAAAACCUUUGUGGAAGUGGAUGAAAACGGCACCCAGGCAGUCGCCGCCAGUGGGGCUGUCGGCCUGGAAAUGUCCUCACCCUCCUGGGAGACCUUUAAUGCUAAUCACCCUUUUCUCUUUUUCAUCAGACAUAACAAAACCCAAACCAUGCUCUUCUAUGGCAGGGUCUGCUCUCCUUGAAAGGAGCUUACUGUCUAGUACAUGGGAGCUGGAGAAAAAUGGGCACACAGUCUUCCCCCAGUAUAACACGGUCAUUUGCAUUUUUGCUAAACUCUAAAGCUGAGACCGAAUUCCAUCACAACUCCAUGCUCCCUUCCUCCAGCUGUUGGCCCAGGCUUUUCUGACCUUUCUCUCAUCCUGUAGCAGAUUUUCAUCCAAGUCCACUAGUAUCGAAGGACCCCUGCUCUCUAUAUCCUAAACUAAGGAUAUAAAUUUGAGCAAAUAAAUUUACCCUCUGUGACCUGAAGUUUAACAUAAUUGAGGAUGCUAUUGAUUCUAAGUCACCUGCCUCCUUGUGAAGGAAUCCUGAGAGUUCAAAUCAUUAGACCACUUCUAGGAAGCUCAGAAACACUUUACCAUGGGUGGUAAGAGAAAACGUUUAAAUGGAAAGUGUUUUGGAAACUCAGCUCCAUUCACCAGACAGUUAAAAUCAUGCUGCUUCGCUGGGCAAGAUGCCCCACCCCUCCUCUUCCAUCUUCUGCUGCUUGGAAGGUGCCCUGUGAGAUAUGUGUCACUUGGGAGAAAGUAGGGCUGGGUGGGUUUCAGUGAGAGCUCCAGGAUGUAUGACCCCCGCCUCUACCUCCCAAGGUGCACUUUGCACAGAGCAGGGGAAUGGUAUUUGCCUUGUGAAUGUGACAUUGACUCAGCAGAGAGGCAGGUGGAUUUAAAGGGGAUGAGUCUCAGUUGUGUUCCUUAUUGAGUCUCCAAGACUGCCAUCAGGAAGUGCUCCCCCCGCCUCAUCUCUUCCUCACCCCAGUCCUCAGAGAAUUCUCUGCAUAUGGAGGGCUGGUGAGGAGGGCUGCCCUCACUGUGAGCUGCUGGGCUCUUCAUUCCCCUCUGUCUGCGCUCUGGUCACGUGGACUGACUUGUUCUCCCAGAGGCCUGGUGAGAGUAGGCCUGGGCCUGGGCAGAAUCACGUGGAAACCCUUGUCAGGGAGGCUGUUGGUGUCCUCUCAAGCUGGGGUCCACUGAAAGCCUGGCACCGGAGGGUUCGACAUUUGUUUUCUGAUGUGUUGUUCUGAAUUCUUUUUUUUUAUGUCUUUUUUCUUUUUCUUUUCCUUUGCUCUCUUUUUCUCUCUCUUUCUCCCUUUUGUUCGUUCUCCCUU